AUGGGUAAAAAGGUAAAGACCGGCAAGAACCGGCAGGACAAGUUCUACAAGCUCGCUAAAGAGCAAGGCUUCCGUUCGCGCGCCUCGUUCAAGCUUGUGCAGCUCAACAAGCGCUUUGACUUUCUCUCGGGCGCCGCGCGCGGCGUCGUCGACCUGUGCGCGGCACCGGGCGGAUGGAUGCAAGUCGCACGCAAGCACAUGCCGGUGUCCGCGCCAUGCAUCGGCAUCGACCUCGUCCCGAUCCACAACGUCCCGGGCUGCGUCGGGCUGGUGGGCGACAUCACCACCGAGUCUGCCCGCGCGGAUCUCAAGCGCUCCUUGCAGGAGGCCCACGGAAACCGCUCCGGGAACAAGGUCGACGUCGUACUCAACGAUGGCUCCCCGAACAUGGGAAGCGCCUGGUUGCAGGACGCCUACACGCAGAGUGAGCUCACGCUGGCUGCCCUCCGACUCGCGGCAGACUUUCUCGCUCCAGGCGGUGUCUUUGUUACCAAGGUCUUCAGGUCUAAUGAUUACAACUCGCUGCUCUUCGUCAUGAACCAGCUCUUCCGCCGGGUCAACGCCACCAAGCCCACGGCCUCUCGCUCUGAGUCUGCAGAGAUUUACGUCAUGUGCAUUGACUUCAAGGCUCCGAAAGCUAUCGAUCCGCGCCUUCUCAAUCCAAAGUACGUAUUCAAGGACAUGGCCUCCGAGCCGCUGUCGCAGACCGACACUGCUGACAAGCCCGACCUGUUUCUGAAUACUGUCAUGAAAGACAUGAAGAAGCAAAAGCGCCACCGCGGCGGGUAUGCAGACGGCGAACGCACUCUGUUCCGCCGCGUUUCCGUCCUCGACUUUUGCCGCACGCAGAGGCCGGUCGCGCUCAUGGUCGACUCAAGCCAGUUUUCGUUUGAGCCGCGCGCCAUCAAAUCUGAGGAGGUUGAUGAGGAGCAGGCUAGGCAGGUAUCGAAGUUGCUCACAGAAAUGCCUGAGACCUCGAGUGAAGUGCGGAGCUGCUGUGAGGAUUUGAAAGUCCUUGCGAGGCGCGAUUUUAAAUUGCUCAUCAAGUGGCGUUUGGCAGCUAGAGGAGCACUGCAAAGAGAGAGUUUAUUAGAACCGGGAAAGAAGACAGAGGGUGAUGCGGAAGAAAAAGAGCAGGGGCCGGAGAAAGACGAAGACGGCGAGUCAAUGCAUAAGAGGGAUUCGUCAGAUGAAGAAGAGAACAUUAAUGAAGAGUUGCAGAAAGUGCAAGCUGAAGCGCUCGCCAGAGACAAGAGGAAGAAGAGGAAAGCGAACAAGUUGCGAAGCGCGAUCCAAAGAAAGAUUGAUAUGAAAAUCUUCUUGCCAGAGUCAGGAGGUACAGUUGACGACGACGCACCAGAAGGCCUUUUCGCCAUGAAGACUGCAAAACGAGCUGAAAAGCACGGCGCGGCCGUGGUGGACAUUCCCGCGGACGAUCCACAUGAUGCUGAUGACGAAGGCGAUGGCGGAUCACACUCGGAUGACAUGAAAGUUUCGUUGCCAUUCAAGACUGGUGAUCUCAACAACACUGUAUCGGAAGAAACUGCUGAUAUCGCGGAAGAUCUGGAUCGGUGGUACAAAGUCUACCUUACCCGCAAGAAGAGAGAUAAGAACGGCGUCUUGUUAGCUGAAUCAAAGGAGAGAAAGCGAAUCACGAAACGGAAGGCCCUGCGUGAUGCCUAUGAGAAACGACAGAGUGAGCCUGGAGAGCAAGAUGAAUCAGCCAGGCCUUCGUUAGUGGUAGAUUCUUCGGAAUCCAGCAGCGACGGAGAGCAAUUUGGAGAGGACAUUCGUAUAUCGCGCAGGACAGGGCAAUCAAGAGAAGCAGCACUGUUUUUUUCGCAACCUAUGUUUCAGGGAAUGGCACAUUUGUCGUCAGACGAUGACGCGGACGUUGGUGACGAUGACACUAGGGAAGGCAUGGAGAUCGACAUUGGACAGCCGGAAGGGAACGGGAUCGACGAGCAAAAUGAAAACUUCCACGCAGCGGCGAUAAGAGAGGCUCGACGGAUGGCGGCAGAGAAGGAGAAGAAAAUGGCAGAGGACGGAGACGGUUUUGAUGUUGUGCCAAUGCAGAAGGACGACUCGGAUAAUGAAAACGGAGAAGAUCCCACGAGCGACUCUUCGUUCCAUUCCUCUGACUACGACACUGAUGAGAAGGCUGAGAUGGUUGCAAUUGGUAGAAAAAUGAGACAGUCCAAGACAGAAGCAAGCGACGUGCUCGACGAAGCAUACAAUCGGUAUACUUUCGAUGACCCGGACGACCUUCCGCGAUGGUUUGCUGAUCCCGAUCCGACAUACAGGCGACGUCAGCCACCCGUCACGAAGGAACAAGUAGCUGAAAUGAAGGAAUACAUCAAGGCGCUACAAGCUGCUCCGACCAAGAAAGAAGCCGAAGCGAAAGCCAGGCAAAGGGCUCGCGCAACGAAGAAAUUGGACGCAGUUAAGGCCAAAGCCAACAACAUCGCUGAGCAAGGGGACGUGCCGGCAUCUUCCCGUAUGAGAGCGAUUGAAGACCUUUACAAGCAGGCGAUGAAAUCAGGAAAGUCUGGGAAAAAGAAUAAGAAGAAGGUUUACCAGGUCGUGCGCCCCAACGGACGAAUGGUAGUUGGGAAGAGUGACAAAAAGGGCCGAAAAGCCCGCGGCGGAGUUCGAACGACUCUUGUAGACAAGAGAUUGAAGUCCGAUAAGAGGGGGCUGGCCAAGGCAAACGCUCGUAUCAAAAAGAGGUCUAAGCGAUAGGUUUGUCGUCGUUUAGUAAGUCGGUAUAUUUAAAAUGACCACGAGCUUUGCAUGUUAACCCUUGUACGUUCAGCUCUCCACAUGGUGAUUUGUAUCAGCAGGGAGCCGCCUCAUGAAUAGCCAGCCUCCAUAACCAUCAGUCACGUGAAAGAUGUUAAGGCACCAGCGGUGAUCAUUUUCACGAAACAGAGUAGCUGUUUGUCUUCAGUCUGUGCCGUAGAGUAAAGGGAUCCUAAAUGACAUGGGUGGUGGCCCACCGGGUAGAAAAGACUUUAUUUCACAUGUGUGGUGCCAUGUGUCGAUGAAAGCACUGGAAUAUUAGACGGACUAAGCGUAAUGCAGUGCGACUAGCACGCUACACUAUGUAAACAAAAUACAACGUACAUGCAUGCAUGCGCAUUACAUGGGUUU